AGAAAAUCACCGUGUUUGGAGCGAUUUCAAGUCAACCGCGGCCCUUGGUAUUUCCAUUUUGGCAAGCCUGUUGUGGUCAUCAAAUGUUCCAUUUACACAAUUAACCCAACCUCCUCGCUACAACUCCGCUUCACAACAUGGCUGACGAACUCAAUCGAUUCAGUGGCGGUACCCCGGCCUUUGAGGCCCACUUGGAGAAGAAGCGCGAGGCCCUGCGUCGGGCGCUCCGGGCAGAAUAUCUCCGCAAGAACUUCAAGCCCGUGGACCAAUCCAAGUUCCAUGGCCAUCUCUUUGAUUCGGCCUUCUACCGUUGGCAGGCCAUGCAAGCCACCCGCGGCCAAUACAUGUACCCGACCAUGGCUGGAUUCGCUCGGGUUGCGGCCAUCGUCAUCGUCCCAGGAUGCUUCUUCACAUACUUUUUGAUCAAGAGUCGGAGGGAUCGGCAUGCUCGAUUUCGCUCAGGAGUGGUGGCCUAUGACGACGAAGAAAGAUUGCGCUUCCAACGCAAUCUGUGAUUAAACAUAAGUAUAUUGGUUACGCCCAUGGUGGACGACCGAUUGGUAGUAAUAAACGUUGCUUUCUUCAUGUAA